UGUGAUUAUUUAUUUGCUCCAAACCUUAUCAUUCUAAAUUUCUUGGCUAAUACAAAAGAAGACAUUUUGAAGAAUCGUCAUGUGACUCUUUUCAAAUGACAAUCACUAAUUACCUAAUCAUUUAUCAUGGAAAAUCGUCCCCUUAUUCACCAUCCCACAUUUUCAAAUUGCUGUGUUGAUUUGUCAUUGUAUGGAAAAGAGCUACAUAUUUCAUUAAUGUCUCUUUUGGUGUUUCACAGAAAACAUAACAUCUUACAACUUUGCAAUAACAUGAGGAUCAGGAAGUAAUGAAAGAAUUUAUGAGAACAUUGAAGGGUUUUUAAUACCUUGUCCUUUAUUCAUGUUUAGCUCCUGUUAGGUUGGUGAAUGGCAUUAACUCGUGUUCUGGACGUGUGGAGGUUCUUCAUGGUGGUCAGUGGGGAACAGUGUGUAAAAAUUUCUGGAACACUACCGAUGCUGCAGUUGUGUGUAAAGAGCUCGGAUGUCCGACCGGUGGUGAAGUGAAAAGCUUUUCUUACUUUGGACCUGGUGGGGGAGCAUUAUGGAUGGAUAAUGUUCAAUGUACAGGGACUGAAUUGUCACUAACAGACUGCACAUUUCGUGGAUGGGGAAUACACAGCUGUGAUCAUUCAUUUGAUGUUGGAGUCAUCUGUCGAGAUAUUAGACUGGUAAAUGGACCUAAUCAGUGUUCUGGAAGAGUGGAGGUUUUAUAUAAUGAUCAGUGGGGAACCGUCUGUGAUGCUGGCUGGAAUUUAGCAGAUGCUGCAGUGGUGUGUAAUAGCAUGGGUUGUGGGUCUCCUGUAGCUAUAAAGACCGGGGCUUUCUUUGGGCAGGGUUCAGGAACCGUGUGGCUGGAUGGUGUGAGUUGUACUGGGAGUGAGACAACACUGAAAAAUUGUCCUUCAAAUGCAUUGGGAACAAGCACCUGUAGCCAUGGACGAGAUGCUGGAGUCGUCUGCAACCCUCCUGUUAGGUUGGUGAACGGCAAUAACUCAUGUUCUGGACGAGUGGAGGUUCUUAAUAAUGGUCAAUGGGGAACAGUGGCUUCAAAUGGGUGGGACCCUACUGAUGCUGCAGUGGUGUGUAAAGAGGUCGGAUGUCCAACCAGUGAGGUGAAAAGCUAUGUCUACUAUGGACCUGGUGCGGGACCAAUAUGGAUGUAUUUACUUGAUUGUACAGGAAGUGAAGUGUCACUAAAGGAGUGCAAAUAUCGUGGAUGGCCAUAUGAAUAUGAUCAUACAUAUGAUGUUGGAAUUAUCUGUCGAGAUAUUAGACUGGUAAAUGGAUCUAAUCAAUGUUCUGGACGAGUUGAGGUUUUAUAUAAUAAUCAAUGGGGAACCGUCUGUGAUGCUGGCUGGAAUUUAACAAAUGCUGCUGUGGUUUGCAAUAGCAUGGGUUGUGGGACUCCUGUAGCAGCAAAGACCGGAGCUUUCUUUGGGGAGGGUUCAGGACCCGUAUGGCUGGAUAGUGUGAAUUGUACUGGGAAUGAGCCAUCAGUGAAAAAUUGUUCAUCAAAGGCAUUAGGAAAAAGCAACUGUAGCCAUUCAAAAGAUGCUGGAGUCAUCUGUAACCGUGAGAUCCUUAAAAUACUUUUUUUUUGCUCUUAACUUUAUUAUUAUUGACGUGUUUGCUAACACAAAAGUAGACAUUUUAAAGAAUCUUUAUGUGACUCUUUUCCAGUGACACUGGUUUAUGACUUAUUAUAGGUUAUUUAUCAUGAAAAAUCUUGCCGUUAACUUAAGCCUAGAAAUCUCAUUUACCAUUCAAUAUAUUCAAACUUCACUGUUAUUUUAUCAUUGUAUGCAAAAGAGCUACAUAAAGUUUUCCUUUUAUGUCUCCUUUGGUAUUCCACAGAUAAAAUAAUGCGAAAAAUGUUUAAAACCACAUGAAGGCGAAUAAAUAAUAACAGGAUUUACUAGAAUAUUUUAGCAAUUUUUUUCAUAUUUAGCUCCUGUUAGGUUUGUGAACGGUGAUAACUCAUGUUCUGGACGAGUGGAGGUUCUUCAUAAUGGAACAUGGGGAACAGUGGCUUCAGAGUCUUGGGACCUUACUGAUGCUGCAGUCGUGUGUAAAGAGGCUGGAUGUCCGACCAGUGUUGAAAUAAAAAAAUAUGCCUACUUUGGACCUGGUGUAGGAACAAUAUGGAUGAAUUUAGUUUCUUGUACCGGGACUGAAUUGUCAAUAAAGGACUGCAGAAAUCGUGGAUGGACACAAUACAGCUCUACAUAUCAUCCAUAUGAUACGGGAGUCAUCUGUCGAGAUGUUAGACUGAUAAAUGGAUCUAAUCUGUGUUCUGGAAGAGUGGAGGUUGAAUAUAACUAUCAAUGGGGAACCGUCUGUGAUGCUGGCUGGGAUUUAACAGAUGCUGCAGUGGUGUGUAAGAGCAUGGAUUGUAGGACUCCUGUAGCAGCAAAGACCCGGGCUUACUUUGGCCAGGGUUCAGGAUCCGUGUGGCUGGAUAGUCUGAAAUGUUCUGGGAAUGAGUCAACAGUGACAAAUUGUUCAUCAAAGCAAAUAGGAACAAGCAAUUGUAGCCAUGGACAAGAUGCUGGAAUCAUCUGUAACCCUCCUGUUAGGUUCGUGAAUGGCAGUAACGCAUGUUCUGGACGAGUGGAGGUUUAUCAUAAUGGAAUAUGGGGAACAGUGUGUUCAGAUUCCUGGAGUAAUAACGAUGCUUUAGUGGUGUGUAGAGAGGCUGACUGUCCGACCAACGCUGAGGCAAAAAUAAAUGCCUACUUUGGAUCUGGUGUAGGAAGAAUAUGGAUGAAUAAUGUUCAGUGUUCAGGGAAUGAAUGGUCUUUAAAGGAUUGCUAUUUUCCUGGAUGGUCACCACAAAACUGUGCUCAUUCAUCUGAUGCUGGAGUCAUCUGUAGAGAUAUUAGACUGGUAAAUGGUCCUAAUCCGUGUUCUGGAAGAGUGGAGGUUGAAUAUAACCAUCAAUGGGGAACCGUCUGUGAUGCUGGCUGGAAUUUAGUAGAUGCUGCAGUGGUGUGUAAUAACAUGGGCUGUGGGACUCCUGUAGCAGCAAACACUGGAGCUUUUUUUGGGCAGGGUUCAGGACCCGUGUGGAUGGAAAAUGUGAAAUGUUCUGGGAAUGAGUCAACAUUAACAAGUUGUCCUUCAAAGGCAUUCGGAACAAGCACCUGUAGCCAUGGACAAGAUGCUGGAGUCAUCUGUACCAAUAUUCGACUUGUAAAUGGAGCUAAUCAGUGUUCUGGAAGAGUGGAGGUCUUAUAUAAUAAUCAGUGGGGAACCGUCUGUGAUGCUGGCUGGGAUUCAGCAGAUGCUACAGUGGUGUGUAAUAGCCUGGGUUGUAGGACACCUGUGGCAGCAAAGACUGGGGCUUUCUUUGGGCAGGGUUCAGGACCUGUGUGGCUGGAAGCUGUAGGUUGUUCUGGAAAUGAGCUAACUGUGAAAAAUUGUCCAUCAAAGGCAUUAGGAACAAGCACCUGCAACCAUGGACGAGAUGCUGGAGUCGUUUGUAACUAUAUUCGACUGGUUAAUGGAGCUAAUAUGUGUUCUGGAAGAGUGGAGUUUUUAAAUAACUAUCAAUGGGGAACCGUCUGUGAUGCUGGCUGGAAUUUAACAAAUGCUGAAGUGGUAUGUAAGAGCAUCGGUUGUGGGACUCCAAUUGCAGCACCAACCGGGGCUUUCUUUGGGCAGGGUUCAGGACCCGUGUGGCUGGAUGAUGUUUUAUGUGCUGCGAGUGAUUCAACAGGGAAAAAUUGUCCUUUAAAUGGAAUCGGAAAAAGCAGCUGUGGUCAUGGACAAGAUGCUGGAGUCGUCUGUCGAGAUAAAAAGCUGGUGAGUGGCACAGGUCCAUGUGAUGGGAGACUUCAGGUUCUUUAUAAUAAUCUCUGGGGUGGAGUGUGUCACACAUCCUGGGGUCCAGAAGAGGCUGCAGUUUUGUGUAUUGAGCUUGGCUGCGGUGAAGCUUCAGUGCCGCAGUCAUAUGUGGGUCCAUUUGUUGAGCCAAUAUGGAUGGAUAAUGUGAUAUGUACUGGAAAUGAGUUAACACUGCAGGGCUGUUCAUUUACUGGAUAUAAUAUUAACAGUUGUGUAGAUGGACUUUACGCAGGAGCUGUCUGCAUCAAAAUUGUGAGAAAAGGUGUGGUGAAGAUUACGGUUACAGCUAAGGCUGGCAUCAGUGUCAGUAACCUAAAUAUGAUGGCGAUGCUUAUGGACAAGAUAAGGAAAGUGGUUAAAAAUAAAGGAAAUUAUUUAGCAAACUGGAUGACACAGCCUGAUGGAAGGAUAUUUCACCACGCAACAAAUUAACAGGUCUUUUCUAAAUGCAAGACAGAAACCCCACAACUAGUUAUGAUAAUAUAUUAGUAUAUAUAAAUAUAUAAGAAACAGAAAUCACAGAUUAGAGAUAUACUAUCUCAGUUAUUAUAUGGAGAGCAAAUGGAAGCUUUUGCUUCUAUUGCAUUCUAGAUGUUUAUCCUGGGAAAAAGAACCCGAAAUCAGAACUGUCUCCAUUAGAGUUUCAAGACAAUUGGAAGAGAAACCACUGAACAAUAACAUUUUCUUUUAUUCCCAUUUGGCUAUCCAAAAGGUUAUUUUACUUAUAAACAGAUGCAAUUAUAGUUAUAUGUUGUAAGCUUAUUUUGUGCUCAUUUUUAUAACUAUGGUAAAAUGUUACAGAAUAUUUCCAUUUUUGACACGUACAUUUCUUACUAAAGCAUCUGAAGGAAGUAAACAUGCAUGUUUAUGAAAAAAUCAUUACAGCUUGUUUAAUCUUUAAAGUUAUUUGAUUUGUUAAAAAACUUGAUUAAAAACAUAUCAACUAGUUAUAACACUUAUAGUAAUGGACUUUAAUUUGAUCAAGUAGAUUUAAUGGGAAAAUCCUUCUGUUGAGAAUGUUGAACAUUAUUAAUGCAUGUUCUUAAACAACUUAUGGAAUCUCUUGCUCACACAUUUUUUUGCUUUGUGUGUACAAUAAUAUUGUGAGACUUGUCACGCUCUUAGAAGGGAUGUUAUUAUUAGACCAACACAUUUUGGGUUCAUUUUAACACACAAAAUGACACAUUAUGUGUUAAAUAGCAUAACACAAAAAUUUGAAGAAAAAAAGAACACAUCCUUUCUUAGAGUGUAUAUGCACUUAAGAUCAGACAAAGGAGAAAUGUAAAAUAAGACGUAGGCUAUAAACUAUGACUGAAUCAUAUGUAAUGUAAUGUAAUGUCAAUGAGUGGCAGGAUAAGCUUAUGAACUUGGGUA